GGUUCGAUAAUCGACAGGAGCUGUCUGAUCCGCCAUGUUGACAUAGUGAGACAGCGAGUUUCCCUUUUGUUUUUAUGUUCAGGUGUUGGAUGUCGUGUCGACUCAAUAGUUUUAUUAAAAUUCACCAGUAUGCUUUCAGCCGAUAUGUAUGGACAGAAUGGCACGGUAAAGGAGUAUCACUAUACAGGGCCGACAGAGCACAAAUUCUCACCAUAUGCGUUUAAUGGAGGAACCGUCCUGGCUGUCGCAGGCGAAGACUUUGCCAUUGUGGCUUCAGAUACUAGAUUGAGUGAAGGCUACUCAAUCCACAGCAGGGAUUCCCCUAAAUGUUACAAACUGACAGACACAACUGUCAUUGGGUGCAGUGGGUUUCAUGGAGAUUGCCUGACUCUCACCAAAAUUAUUGAUGCAAGAUUAAAGAUGUACAAGCACUCAAACAACAAGCCAAUGACAAGUGGUGCAAUUGCAGCCAUGCUCUCUACCAUUCUCUAUGGAAGACGGUUCUUCCCCUACUACGUUUACAACAUCAUUGGCGGUCUGGAUGAAGAGGGUCGUGGAGCUGUAUAUAGUUUUGAUCCAGUGGGAUCCUACCAGAGAGACACCUACAAGGCUGGAGGUUCAGCAAGUGCCAUGCUACAGCCACUUCUGGACAAUCAGAUCGGGUUCAAGAACAUGGAGAACGUGCAGCAUGUGCCUUUGAGCCAGGACAAGGCAGUGCAGCUGGUGAAGGACGUCUUCAUAUCAGCAGCUGAGAGGGACGUUUACACGGGAGAUGCCCUGCGGCUCUGCAUCAUUACCAAGGGUGGCAUCAAGGAAGAGACUGUACCGCUCAGGAAGGAUUGAGCAUGCCCUGUUGUCCUUCUCUGUUUUCUGCCAUGAAACUGCAUGUAACAACUAGUUUUUUUCAUUCCAAUUCAAAGAGAAUUAUAAAACUCCAAUGCUGUUUGCUUUCUUUUUUUUAACUGGUGAUUACAUUUUAGCUUUGACUAUUUUUAAUAUCAACUGGAAAACGCUUUCUUGUGUCAUUUUCUUUCUCUUCUCAGGUGUGGUUUUCACUCAUAAACAUUGUUUAUACCUUUACCGCCAAUCGGCAUCAGUUGUCAUGGCAUGUUUGUAUGCAGUUUUUUUAAUGUUAAAUAUGUGCUAUGUUUUUAUUUGAAAAAGCUCAAAAGAGCCAUUCUGGGAUAAAAAUAUCAAGCUAAAAAGGCGUCACAUUAAAAAAUGCCAUCCAGUGCAUCUGUUUAUCCAGAAAAGAUCUCAAAAAAGUUUUCAGUGUCAACAGAAAUCCAAGCUACUUGUUUUGUGUCCACCCUCAUGCACUUCAUUUGCAAAAUUCACUUGGGAGUGAACUUCACUUAACUUCAUUAUAUUUUCAUCUCUGUUUUGAUCCAUAUUUUAUAUUCAUACUUAUAUUUCUCUUGAUUUGUUGUUGUUGACAUAAAGACUCGCAGUUAAGUCAUCAUUUAAUUGCUUAAUAUCAAUUGCAAAUAAGUGUAAUUGUAUUGCUACGAUCUGUUCAUAUUAUAUGUAUAAUGAAGGACAACGCUGUUUCUAAGGACAAGCCUGCUAGGCUAGGUCCAUUGGGUUCUGUCUGUAGUCUAAUAUGCUAAUGUGGAAAAUAUGUCCUCACUAUUGGAAAAGUUUACGUUGUCAUAAGGUCAUUAUAAACAUCCCAGUGACAUUA